CUGCGCCCUCCCCUAUACACGCAGCAGGGCGGAGUGCCUUGACGUUCCGUUGCAGGAAACAUUAGGAGUCGUCUUUUGACCAAGUUUGCAGGAAGAGUCGGGCAUUGCCCUUUAUUGUAUGCACUGUAUUUUACAGUGUUAUUGUAGCCAUCUGUAUGUUACUAAUAAGAGCUGAGGAUAGGGCGGUCAUUUGUUAGAGAGGGAUAAACGUCGUUUUCGGAGGGAGGAGAUCGCGAAGCGGAACAAGAGUCUCUGACUUCCCCGCUCCAUCUGCACCAGGCACCUUCUCUGUCACCUCUGCUCUGGCCUUGCUUGCUUCCACUUUCUCGGACAGGUUCCAAGACCUUCAAGAGUGAAAACGGCUGUGUGUUCUUCAUGCGAAGCUGGGACCUGCACCCCCUCAUUCCUUGCCGUGUUUAUUUUUGCGUUUGACAUUAAAGUAGAAAUUGGGGCGACUGGAAUAGUGUAAAAGCCAGACAAACGGAGUGUAGUCCGCUUUCGUCUGCCGCCAUGUCUCUGGCACUGAAACAAGUCUUCAACAAGGACAGGACAUUCCGGCCCAAGCGUAGGUUUGAGCCGGGAACGCAGCGGUUUGAGCUUCACAAGAAGGCACAGGCCUCAUUGAAUGCCGGUCUGGACCUGAAGCAGGCCGUACAGCUGCCCCAUGGCGAGGGUCUCAACGACUGGGUGGCCGUGCACGUGGUGGACUUCUUCAAUCGCAUCAAUCUCAUCUAUGGCACCAUCAGCGACUCCUGCACGGACCAGUCCUGUCCGAUUAUGUCCGGCGGGCCCAAGUAUGAGUACCGCUGGCAAGAUGAGCAGAAGUACAAGAAGCCCACAGCCCUGUCCGCCCCCCGCUACAUGAACCUGCUGAUGGAUUGGAUAGAGGUACAGAUCAACAACGAGAACAUCUUCCCCACCAAUGUUGGUACACCUUUUCCCAAAAACUUCAUGCAAGUAGCGAAGAAGAUCCUGUCUCGCCUGUUCCGGGUCUUUGUACACGUCUACAUCCAUCACUUUGACCGCGUGAGCCAGCUGGGCGCAGAAGCUCACGUCAAUACCUGUUACAAGCAUUUCUACUACUUUGUCACGGAGUUCGGCCUCAUAGACCACAAAGAGCUGGAACCGCUGAAGGAAAUGACGUCUCGGAUGUGUCAUUGAGGGACCCAGCAGCGAUCGCUUGACUUCCCACCAGCUUGAGACGGCUAUACAGAAGACUGAAACAGGAAAUACGAACCACAGAGUCUAUUUUUUUUAAAUAUGUAUUGUAAUUACAUUUAUAGCUGGAAAUGUAUUGAAUAGCCUAUUUUCUGUUUUUCAUGGAAGAUGGAAAAUUUAUAAUCUAGUAUUAACAAGUUAUUUUUUUAAAUGAAAUUAAAUCAUUCCUUUCCUACUUUCCUAUUUUGCUUUAACUUUUAGCUUACAGAAUAUGAUUUAUACCGUCGUAUUUUUUAUAUAUAUAUAUAUAUAAUAUAUUUAUAUAUAUAUAUAUAAAAUUACUAUUGGCGACAUAAAAUACACACUGAGGAUCACUUGCCUUUCAUGUGUGAUCAUGCGGUCGAUGUGGGGUUUUGGAUUGCAGGUUGUUUGGUGCAGGAUUUUUAAAUGGUUUUAAUAUUUUGAAAGUAUCCAAUGUGGAUUUCAGCGACCCACAGAUUUAGAUGAGUAUCAAACCUCAGUUGAAAGACCUCAGGCCAAAUAAUUAUCUGAACAAAAAAGUGUUUAACAUAGCAUGACUUGAUCAUUUGGCGAGAGAUUUUUUGUUAUAGUCUUGGGCUACAUAUUAUUUUCCAAAAGUUUGCACUGGCGAUUUUAGAACUAAAGUAAUUGUGCUCACAUAGUGGGGGGAAGUGAUGUCUAUAAUCUUGCUGUAAAGAAAUUCUGUACAUUACAGCCUCUUCCCAGGUUUCAAUGGGGUUACGUUCCUACAAACCUAUCAUAAGGUGAAAAAUUUUAAUACAGUACACCUAAAUUAAACAGCAUAGCUUAACCUAGCCCACCUUAAACAUGCUUAGAACACUUGCAUUAGCCUACAGUUGGGUAAAAUUUAUAUAAAAUCGUUGAACAUAUCAUGUAAUUGACUGAAUAAUUUAAUGAAAGUGAAAAACAUUUACCCGUAACACGGAGCAUCGUAACCCGGGGAGCGUCUGUAUGUACAAGUGCAGACAGUGUUUGCCCCAGCCAGUCUGUCAGCAUGAGAAUCCAUUUGGUACAUUAAUGCAUUACGGUUUCUGCCACUAGAUGGGGCAAAAGCCGUGCAGCUGUGGGUGGACCGCCCCCACCCCCCCGGAAGAUAAAAGUUUGUUUCCUGUUUAAUGUAAUUAUGAUUGGAAACAUUUCAAUCUCGAAGUACACUGGUUUACGACAUAUGAACGAAAUUACUAUUGGCUGUUAAACAGACCAAGUAUAGAAUCGAACAUUGUAAAACAUGGGGCCGAACCGGCCGUGUCCUACGGUGAGGUUAAUCAAGUGAUUUUGGUUGUGCAACAAAUCACUGUAGUCUGUGGAACGCAGUAUUUAAACGCAAUAUUUAAAAUAAAACUGUCUAGCAAUGCAAAUAAAAGUGCGUAGUUCAUUAUUAA